AUGACUGGACUAACGAUGAUAGCGGUCAAAUCUUGUCUCAUUGAUCCUGUGUUUACCACAUAUUGCGAUCCGAGCACUACGAAGGAGCUGGAUGCUAAGUACGGGAAAUGGGUACGAGUUAGUCGGGAUAUCAACAAACAGGCCGGAUUCAUCUACUACAGACGAUCGCGUCGGGUCGACGUCCCCUUGAUUACCGAUAUACGUAUAGUCGAUGAAGGGGACGAAGGUUCAAUUCCAGACGACGGGAAGACAUGGAAACAAGCGGAAGGAGUCCUGACUGAUGGUAUAUACCCACGAGUCAAGAAUCGGAGAUUAUGGUAUUCGCUUCAGAAGCCAUACGCGAAUGCCACUCAAAACGAGGAACUGGACGAUGUCGUCACGGAACUUGAUAUUCUAUAUGGGGAGGAUGAGCCGUUCUGGGGAUUCAAACGAGUUGAAGGUGUUAUAUUCCCUGGAAAGCCAGGCAAAUCGGUUCCAGUCUCACUAGUCGCGAGGAAGGGCUACACGACUCCACCUCGUCCCCGUCCUCCCCACUUCCACGCAAACGGCACAUACAAAAUCAUGCAAGUUGCCGACCUGCACUACUCCGUAACUCAUGGCGAAUGCCGGGACACGGAUCUAAAACCCUGUGAUGGUUUCAACUCCUCUCAGGCCAUCCUUGCAGAGGCGCUCGACAUCGAACGACCAGACUUGGUAGUUUUCAGUGGAGACCAACUGAACGGCCAGCGCACAAGCUGGGAUUCGAGGAGCGUAUUGGCCAAGUUUGCAUCGGAAGUGAUAAAGCGCAAGAUUCCUUGGACUGUUGUAUUUGGAAAUCAUGAUACUACCACAGACAUGGAUCGCAAGCACAUGAUGGAACACCUUCAACGCCUACCUUACAGCCUCGCAGAACCAGGCCCAUCAGACAUACACGGCGUCGGCAAUUACGUUGUACAAGUCAAAAGCUAUGAUGAUUCUGCAACUCCUUUACUCACCCUUUACUUCCUGGACUCCGGGGCCUAUGUCUCGAAUGGUCUGGCCUGGUGGAAGGAACUCGAGUAUGAUUAUUUACGCGAUUCUCAAAUCAAGUGGUUCCUUGGCGAGUCGCAAAAAAUCCACCUAAUUGAACGACCUUUUAAGCCGGAUGGAAGAAGAGACUUGGCUGCGACAGGGGGAAACACUUCAAGCGGCAAGAAACUAGCGAAACCCAAUGCAAUGAUGUUUUUCCACAUACCACUGAAAAUGAGCACAGAUCCUGCGGACAUCAACUCGGAAACUUCGAAAAAUCUUGACAUUGGAAGUGCAGAGGAAUAUGGUGGAUCCCCAAAGGACGCAGGGUUUUUCAAGAAUGCGAUUUUGGCGGCCCCUGAAAGUCCUAGCACCACUGAGACAAAAGGCACCGGGACAGAAGUCAAAGUCAUUGCUAACGGACACGUCCAUACAGCUGAUAACUGCCGAAGAGUCAAGGGGGUAUGGACGUGCUUUAAUGGCGGGAGCAGUUACGCUGGUUAUGGAAAAGUUGGCUUCGACCGACGGUUUAGGAUAUUCCAGAUCAGCCAGUACGGUGAAAAAAUCGAAACCUACAAGAGGACAGAUAAGGGAAAAUCAUAG